GCAUUUGUGUUAGUUAUGAAGUGAUGGAAGCGCACUUGUUUAUUUUGGUAUGCGAUGUUUGCCUCAGUUUUAUUCAUUGUUGUCCUUCUUCUCAGCUUUAUUGCUCAAGGUCACAGUCACGUAGGCCAGCCCUGUAACAGCGUUUUUAGAAUAUGUUUAGCAAGUCAUUCUUAUUGUGAUGAAAAUAAUAUCUGCAGAUGUGAACCAGAAUAUCCUGUCAAUAUAUCCUUACAUUCCUGCAAAAAAGGAAAGCAAUAUAGUGAAAGAUGUGAUUAUUCUGAAGAGUGCUCUUAUUAUGAUCCCAACUCUUACUGUACUCAACUGCCUUAUAGAAGCAUAUGUGAAUGCCACUCUGGGUAUGCCUACAAUGCUUUUAAAAAGAUUUGUGAUAAAGUUGGAGGUGACACCCCCAAACCUACAACUCUUUUAUUUCCUACUGCAAUUGGAUUAUGUCUAGGAUUUUCUGGUGUUCUUUGCUGUUGCAUGGUUGCAUGGCAAGUUUGCAAAAGGCGAGAUUUUAGAAAUAAUUUUGACAGACACCAUUCUGCAAUACAUACACAUUAUCAGGAUAGUGGUGAAAAUCUACGACAAAUUCCAAGUGCUCCUCCUCCUGCUGAUGAGACCCUACCAAAUUAUGACACUGUGUUAACAUUGAAGGUAUCCGAAGAUAAUGAUCCCCCUCCUUCUUAUGAGGAGGUCAUUGGACAAGAACAAACAUUAAAAACAUAGAUAUUUCUUUUGCAAUUACAAAAUUUUUAUGCCUAAAAAAAACAUAAAAGUUUUGAGUUCUAUAAAUAACUACACAUGAGUUAUGUAGAGUUUUCAAUUGAUAAAAGUGCUUAUGUAUGUUCUUACUACUAUGAACUUGUGUUCCUUACAUUGCCAUUACCAGAUAGCUAUCUGGCUAAGAUUACUUUUAUAUUGUAUUGGUUUCUGUGUUAAUGUACAUUAUAUGAAAUGUAUAUGUGAUGAAAAUAUUUAUUUUAUUUUGUAGUAGAAUUAUUAGCAUGUGUUACUUGUAAAAAUAUUUUGAAUAAGUCUUAUUAAAAAUGCUUGAAAUUAGGCUUGAAUUCUAAGUGAUAUUUGUUAUAGACUAAAAAUACAUGCAUAAUUUAUUCAUUUCAUAGGCAUAACUAUAACAAAUUUUAUAAAUGCAUCUUCAAGAUAUACUAAGCAAAAACUAAAAAAAACCUUCUGAACUAGAAUUAAGUUAGUCUAAUAGUGUCUCAGAUUGUGUUUUUGUCAUUGAUUGCAUUAUUUCAUUUAUAAUGUCAAGGUAAAUAUUUACUUUCUUUUUCAGAAUUUCAUCUUAAAUUCCAAAGGAGAUAUUAGUUAUAGUAAAACUGCUUUAAGCAUCAAAGCAUUUAUAUUUAAGUGUGCUCAUGAUAAGAAAUGUUACAGAUUAACAUAUGAUUCUGUAAAGGGUAAAAUUAACAAUUGCUGCAGGCCACCAAAUGAAAAACAGCAUUUGUUAAUGAAACCUUAUAAAAUAACCUUUAAGUGUACAAAAAGCAUUAAUUGGUAAAAUAUUUUCCACCACAAUCAAAAUGCUGCCUUUAGGAGCAAAUUUCAUUAAAAACAUUGCUUUGAAUAAUGAGUUUAGGAUUAUUAAUUUUACUAAAAAAAAAAAAAAAAACUUUGGUCAGCACUUUGACUAAAAAAAAACCCCUGGCAAUGAAAUUGUUACUUUUUAUUAAAAUGUUAUAUUAUUUGUACCACUUUUCUCAGCAUGCUUAACUGUAGGUUUAUAUAUGUGGCUGAGUUUUUGUUACAUCUAUGUAGCUGGAUUUCAGUUAACCCUUUUUGGAUGACUUAGUACAGGGGUUUUUGAAAUGACGUUACCGACAGUGUUGUAAUGCUAAAUAUUUUAUAAUCAGAGUGUUGAGUUAGAGGGGAAACCGUCCUUGUACUUUGUUCAUUGAUUAACGGGGGGGGGGGGGGGGGGGGGGGGGGGCAAAUAAACAGUCAUGUAAAUUUUCUUAAUUAGUUUUUAAGAAAGUAAACAAGAAAUAAAACUAUUCAAAUAUUAUUUCCUAAAAAUGUAUUAAAAUAAUUCCAGAGGAUUUUCAGAUACCAUUUUAUUAAUAUUCUGUCUACCAUUGUCCUAAAACUCUCUGCCUUGAAACAACAGUAGACCAUCUUACUAUCAUACCUGGGUUUAGAUAUCUGAGGCUGCAAUAUGUUGACAAGGCUUUCAAAAAUGGCAAUCAAAACCAUUUUAAUGUCUACUGCAACUGUUUUGGUCCAAAAACUUUUAGCUCAACAACGUUUAUUUAUUUAUUUCUAAUUGCUCUUUAAAUUGUUUAUCAUUCCAGGAAAUAAUUUACUCUGAUUAAUAGAAAUAAUCUUUUAAUUAAUGGUCGAGGUUUCUUGACCUGAAUUUCAUUGUCUAUGCUGCAACCUCAUCAUUGAACAAUCUGUGUUCCUCUUUUUGUCAACUGGAAAUCUUAUGGUUCUGCAUAUUUUUUGUCCUUAUCUGCAAUAGUGAAGUUCUUUGCUUUAAACUCUUGAUAGAGUAGAAUGUUUAUUUAAUGAAACUCACUUCAGCAAACAAUAAUUUGAUUCAGUAAUCAUAAAUUGCAUCCCGCGUUUUUUCAUGUGCUGAUGCUGACUUAUAUAAUUUUAAUACUUGUUUAUCUUGAUGAAAAACCAAUAUUAAGGUCUUGUGAUAAAAACAAACAUGAAGGUAUUUUAAAUAGAAAAUACAUAUAAAUGCCUAUAGAGAAACUACCUAUUCAUGUUUCAUAGGCAAAUUUUUUGGUAACUCCUUACUAAGUUCUGUAGUUAUAUUAAGAUUUAUUAUUUUUAUCUAAGAAAGAAUUUUAUACACUCAGCAAUGAUUUGUGUCUUCUAAAAUGAAUUUUCAAGAGUUUCUAAAAAACUGUUGACAAUUUUUAUCAGAAAGUUUGACUAUCCGAAUGAGAGCAAUUCCAGAUUAAUAUUUUUUCAACUGCAUGAAACUUGUUUUUAUGCAUGGUUGGUUCAUAAUUUUAUGUAAAAGAAGAAAAAAAAACUUUACCAUAACCAUGGUUCUUUUGAUAUUAUAAAUAAAGAUAUUCGAACACAUUUCAAAAUUAUGUGGUAAAUUUUUCUUAAGUUUUACUGUGAAGCAGCGGAUAAACCAAAUAGCUUGAAAAUUGGUGUACAUGUCUAAAUUUCAAUGCUGAUUACAGAUCUGAUUAUGAAAUUUAAGCAUUUGAAAUCUUAAAUGUUUAUGCUCAUUUUAAAAUGAAAACUGCUCCUGAACAAAAUUUUAUGAUUUGUACAUUAUUCCUGAUAAAUUGACAGAUUUCAUAGACUUAUAUUUGAAAUAGUAUUCAAAUAAGAAGUUUAAGUUUUUUCCCCAAUAGUGUAUAUAACUGUUAUUAGAUUUGUAUGAUAAAAAAUAUUCAGUCAUUUUAUUGACAAUUGUAAAAUAGAUAAAUAUAGGACAAUAACCCCUAUGUCCUUUAUGGUUGUGUGACUUUUAGCCCAACUGCUAAACUUCAUCUAACUUUUCAGAACAAGUAGUUUCCCUACCUCUUAUAUAGUAUGCCUAUAUUAGGAAAGCUAUCACGUUAUAAUUUAACUGAAAGGAUAAAUGAAAAUUACUCUAUUAUUUGUGUGAAUUAUUUUUCUGACAGGUUAUAUUUUUGUUGUGCCAGUUUAAAAGUAAAAAGUUCACCAAAUGAUGUACAAAAUAUUCCUUUGAACACUGGCCAAAGUCUAUGAGGAAUGAAUAAAACCUUUAAAACUGUGUAACUGCUACAUUUAAACCAGAAAAAAAAAAUUUAGUGAUUAAAAGGUGUCCUUGUGCUUACGUCAGCAAAAGUGGUUAGAGUAUUAACUUAGUUUAACUAUCUUCAUCCACAACCCUUCCACCCCCCCCCCAAAAAAAAAAGGAAAAGAAAAGCAAAACAUGAAACAAUUGUCAACAUUUUUCAUUAUCACUGUGUAAUCAUUGUAACUUUUUCAGUAAUGGUGUAUCAGUUCAAGCCCAUAGGUGAUACAUCAGUCUUCAAAGUUAAUUAGAACAUUAACCCAAUUUUAUCACACCAGGGUGUUAGUUAACAUUAGCCACAUAUUUGUCAUGGCCAUCCCAAAAGGGUUAAUUUUUAUCAAUGUUCUAGUGAUAUGACUUUUUAAAGGCAUUAUUUUGUGAAGAUAAUAUUGUCCAAUUAUAUGUAUGUUCUUCACUCUAAAAUAUUGUUCUAUACCUUUCAAAUUUCAAGGUAAUGUUUUAAUUUCACUGCAUUUGAAGCAUGUUAAAAAUUUAAAAUGUAUUGCAAAGUAUAUUGAACUUUUGUUGUUUAUAUGACUAAUACAGGGUGGUCCAAAAAACAUGAUAGAAAGUAAGCGAUCUUUGGAAGAAAAAAUUAAAAAAAUAUAUAAACAAUUGUUUUUAAUAAAGAUAUAAAUGACAUUUAACUUGAAAGAUUCUCAAAAGGUGUACCUUUUCCAGUUAUUGAAUUAUAAAGGUGGUUAAGAAACUCUAUAUAACUUGCUGGAGUGUGUCACGACCAAUAAUUGCAUCUAGUUCACUUCUGCAGUCAACUUUCAGGUUCUCCAAUGAUUUAAGGCGUUUGCUAUAGAUUUGUCCUUGUUUUAAAUCCCGUAAGAAGGUGCAUAGAUUUGGGUCCGCACUGCAUAGGGAAUAGCAUCUAUUACAUACCCUGUAAUUUUUUAUGCAUUUAAUGCCAUCAAAUGCUCACCAAGCAUUGUUUCAAGCCAUGUGAAGGUGUCAGCAACUCUAUAGGGACAAGCCCCAUCAUACACAAACUAGUACUUGCAUGUUGUGUUGAGACAGCCUGCUUCAGAGCCAAAGUGAUGAUGAUUUUGUAUGGAUGAUAUUCCACUAUUUUCGUGAGUCUAUGAAAUGAUGUUUUGGACAUGCUUAAUUGUUGGGAUGCCUGUUGAUUGGAAAUGAUUGGCUGAUUCUCAAAGAAGAUCUGUACAUGCCCCCUGUUGUCAUCAGUAACAAUUGUGGAUUAAUGUUUCCACACCAUGCUUCUUGCAUCCCAAACACUCAAAAUGGUGGAUUCAAAUUAGAUCAUUACCUUUUAGACAAUGAAAAUUAGGGCAAGAUUGGGACCAAAACACCAGAUAUGUGAUAGCAUCAAAAUGUCGGCAACUUUCAAGUGCUAUAACAAACUGUGUAAUUACUACUUGACUAGAUGUCCUUUUCUUUCAGAACACUGAACAACAUGAUCGUCAAAAAGCAGCAUUGCGUUGAUUAUUCUCAUAAAAUUUUCUUGCGAUAAUUUUUUCCAGGGUCAGUAAUCCCUUAUUGCUUACAAUUUAUUUCUGGUAAUUCAGUAUUUCCAUGAAAUGCCAAUAUAUGUGCUAUUGCAGUAUGGGAAAAUUGCACACAUCAAUACAUUGGAAAUCAGGAACUUAAAAAACUUCCUUGUUUUUUGGAUCACCCUGUACCUAUAUAAAUCAGUUGCAUUUCUUUUCACCACAAGUUUAAAAUUUCCUAGGAUAGGAAAGUUUUUCAUUUACAGGUUUUGAUGUAUAGUAAUGUUAACAGAAAUUACUGCAAGAAUUUAUAUCAUUUAUCAAGUUUUUGUUGUGCAUUGUAUUUCACUUUAAAAACACACCACAUGCAUGCAAUAUGAUACAAGUUGAGGAAAAAAGGAAUCUCCUAGUAAAGUUCCAAAAUUCAAUUUUUUGGCUGAUUUCAUUGUGUGCUUUUAAUUGCACUUUUAGAGCUGUUAUUUAGAGUUUUAAAAUUGCAUUAAAUGUACAUUAUGUAUGAUUAUGUUUGGAUAUUUAUACAUAAAUGAGCUUUGAUUCCUUUUAAAUUAUACAUUGCAUAUAGAAAUUUUUGACUAGAUUAUUUUAUGUAGCUGUUAUGUUAUAGUUUUCUUAUUUUAUUUUAAGUUCAAAAAUUUUUAAAUAAUCGACUCUGAAUAAGCAAAUGCAUUUUCAAUGUUCCUUGAGCUUAUUGUAAAAUUCAUUUUUUAUAUAGAUUACACUUUGAUAGAACAAAUGUAUUUUUAAUGUCAGCUAAUGUAAGAAAAACAGUAUUUUUGUUACCGAAUGUUAAAAGAUUUGUAAAAAAAAUUUUAACAAGUGUGCCAUGUUUUGUAACUUCUUACAUGCAUUGAUAUAUAUGAACAGCGUUAUUUUGCAUAUCAUUCUUACAAUCAGCUCCUCUUGUUUAUAUACUGUGUAAAGAAAAUAAAUUUGCUAUUUUUUUUUCUUUUA